GUCGUUCAAAAUGGCAGCACUUACGAAGGGAGUCUUCAUCGUGGCGGCCAAGCGUACCGCUUUCGGCACCUUCGGCGGAGCUUUUAAGAACACCAACGCAACGCAGCUGCAGACGGUAGCGGCAAAGGCGGCACUCGAUGCAGCCGGUCUCAAGCCGGAACAGGUCGAUUCCGUCAACAUCGGCCAGGUAUUGGUACUAUCGUCCACCGAUGGUGCAUUUCUACCCCGGCACGUGUCACUCGGCUGCGGCAUUCCGAUCGAACGGCCGGCGCUCGGUGUGAACCGUCUGUGUGGGUCCGGCUUCCAGGCGGUCGUAAACGGUGCGCAGGACAUUCUUGUCGGUGCUGCUCACGUUUCGCUUACCGGUGGUGUGGACAAUAUGUCGCAAACGCCGUACACGCUGCGUAACAGUCGGUUUGGCAUCCCGCUCGGAACUAGUCCAGCGCUGGAGGAUGCUCUAUGGACCGGUCUUACUGACUCCUACUGCAAACUUCCGAUGGCACUGACGGCCGAAAAUUUGGCCGAACAGCACAAAAUCCCGCGCGAAAAGGUGGACGAGUUUGCGUACCGUUCGCAGCAGCUGUGGAAGAAGGCCAACGACGCGGGUGUAUUUAAGACAGAAAUCACCCCAUUCAAGCUAAAGGUUAAGGGAAAGGAGGUUGACUUUGCGGUCGACGAACAUCCCCGUCCGCAGACCACGCUGGAGGGAUUGGCGAAACUUCCAACGCUGUUCAAAAAGAACGGUGCCGUUACUGCGGGAACUGCUUCGGGCAUUUGUGAUGGUGCCGCAGCAGUCGUUGUAGCCUCGGAGGAAGCGAUCAAGAAACACAACCUGACACCGUUGGCACGAUUGGUGGCGUACAGUACGGUCGGUGUACCACCGGAGAUUAUGGGCAUCGGGCCGGUGCCAGCGAUUCGUAACGUGCUGAACGUGGCCGGACUGAAGAUCGACGAUGUGGAUCUGUAUGAGAUUAAUGAGGCGUUCGGUGUGCAGACGUUGGCUUGCGCCCAGGAACUUGGACUCGAUAUUAACAAACUUAACCUGAAUGGUGGUGCAAUUGCAUUGGGCCAUCCGCUUGGCGCAUCCGGAUCGCGUAUCACCGGCCAUCUGGUGCACGAGCUGAAGCGAAAGAACCUUAAGCGGGCCGUCGGAUCUGCCUGCAUUGGUGGAGGCCAGGGUAUUGCACUACUGCUGGAGGCUGUUUAGUCAUCACAAUCAUCAC